UCACAACCAAAAGAUUUCAAAACUAUUUUUUUCACUCCAAAAAGUUAUAUAAUAAUAGCAUUUUUAUACGUACCUCAAGUAUCAUACAGACCACAAAAUGUCUUAAUUUCUCAAACAGAGGCAAAUAUAUGAAAACUUUUACCACAGAUGUCUGUCUGUAAUUCUAAUUUGCACAGUAAUUCGCAAUUUUUUUCGUUUCGAGUGAAGUUUUAGAGCAUUUUAAAGGAAAAAGCUAUGCAAUUUGUGAUUCACAUGUUUUCAAGCGAAGCACCAUGUUGAAAGUCCCGCGCGCCCGCGAAUCGAACCCAACAACCCCCGCGAUCCUCGGUGAGUGAUCAGUCUCCUGUGAUAUCGUUGCCUUGACAACACGAGCAAGCAAAAACAUGGCGGACGAAGAAAAGGCUCCAGAAACUGCACCAGAACAAGAGGCAGUGGUUGACGAGAAGGAUGGCGAUGAUGAGAAAAAAGAUGUAGAGGAAGGAGGAGAAGACAAUGCAGAGCAGCCUGCAGAAGAUCCAGCAGAGUCAACAGAAACAGCAGAAGAAAAUAAAGAUACUGAAGUCGCAACAGAAGAAACUAAAGAAGAAGACAAACCAUUGGAAUUAGAUAAUACUGAUGAAAACUUACCUAUUCCUGAGAAUGAGGGUGUACCUGAAGAAGAUGUAACUCCAGCAGUUGAAGUAGCUGAGCACAUGUCUAGAGAAGGAACACCAACAGGUGACGCUGAGACAGAUGGACCAGCUAUAGCCAUGGAGGUACCUGAUGCGACUAUCACUCCCCCUCCGGCGGAAGAGGUGCAUGAGGAGUAUGAAGAUGAAGAGCAAGAACCUGCGUAUGUUGAUAGUUAUGCUGAGCAAGCACUGUUUGAUGAGGAUGAAGAAUAUUAUGAUGAUUCUGAACCAGAAGAACCAAUGUACAAUAGACAAGAACUUCUUGAUAAAUACCAUCAAGCCCUUGAGGAAAGGUCUUCUUUGCAAUCACUGAAUGCUCAGUUACAGCACAAGUUAGCAGAAUAUUUCAAGAAAAAGAAGAGUGAUGAAAGACAACAAGAAAUAGAAAAAAGUGUAACAGAUCAAGAACAGAGAUACCUCAAAUACAUGUCGAAUCUAGAGGAACUUCAGAAUGAAGAGAAACAUGAAAGACAAAGCUAUAAACUGCAAAUAGAAGAUUUGAAGGCAAAAUGUCAUGAACGAGAAGAAACAGUAGAACAAGCCAGUGCGCAGUUUACAAAAUUCAAGUUGGAUAUAGCAAAAGAUGCCAUCAACAGCAGAUCUGGCAAGCCAAUCCCUCCUAAGGACAUUGAACAGUACGAGAUGCUCGAAAACAAGAAAGAACAGGAGGUGACGCAGGUUCGUUUAGAAAACAUCAAACUACGGAACAGACUAAAGAAGCGAGAGAUACAGCUUAAAGCAAAGGAAGAACUGGCUGAAGGACUGCACUUGAUCGACUUUGAACAACUCAAAAUCGAAAACCAGACCUACAAUGAGAAAAUAGAGGAAAGAAACGAGGAGUUACUUAAACUAAGAAAAAAGAUCACAACCACUGUUCAAGUGUUAACCCAUUUAAAAGAGAAACUACAAUUCGUUCAAGCUGAAAAUGCCGACCAGAGAACCACUUUACGAUCGGUUGAAGCAUUGGUUGCACAGAAAAGGGACAUACUAACGCGAACUAAACAAGUCCGUGACGCUCUUCGAAUAGAAAACGUCAAACUUCGACAAAAGUGUGGUCUUCUUGGCAAUGAGUCGCUUCUUAGGGACUACGAGCUACGAAAAGACCAGAGUGAUGAUCUCAGUUCCACCAUCGAGAAACUCAAAAUGACACACGCUGAGCUGACAAUGAACUGUGCUGGGGUGAAAAAGAAGAUCGAUCAAGCCAGACAGGAACAACAAUGAUUAUUUUAAAAAGAUUCCUUGUAUAAAACUUUGCACUGUAAAAUAGCAUUUAAUAUUGAAUAAAGAUUUACCAAGAC